GUACCAAUAUUGGUUGGUGUGGUUAUUUUAUUUUUAAUAAUCCUGUUGGUAAUAUGUUGUAUCAGGAGAAGAAGAGCAAAGAGUUAUACCUAUGCUCGUUUGGGAGAAUAUGACAUGGCUGUUAAUGAAAAGAUGCAAAGAGAUCGACAAGAGAAAAUGAAUGCUGUGAGAGAUUCAGCCUACAUGAAUUGUCAGUUCUAUCUGAGAUCAAAUACACAGUAUGAUAAUGUUCAACAACUUAAAGAAUUAGGGAGUCGCAUUGAUAAACAUUGGUUUCGAGUAACAGACAGAAGAUAUCAAAAUGAACGUAUACUCAGUAUAAUACCUUAUAAUCCUAAAAUGAUGCUUCCAUUCACUAAACUUACUUGUAAAACUUUAAAAGAUUUAUUUUCUAUAUUACAACACCCUCAUAUAUUUCCGAUGAGUGAUUUUGAUUUCUCAUUAGAACAGAAGUUAGUGAUAUCAGUUCAACCUGUAUCGAUAAAAGGCUCAUUAAAAGAUUUAAUAUACCAGGGAAGAUUUACAGAUUCUUUUUAUGAAAAAUAUAACAGAAGAUAUAAAGGUUUAGAAUUAGGACAAGUACAAAUAUUUGGUAAACAAGUGCUAGAGGGUUUGUUAUUUAUGUAUGAGAAAAGUUUUCCACAACAUGGUAGUGUCCAUUCAGGGAAUGUUAUGUAUGAUAAUGGUCAGUGUAGAUUAUCUGGUUUUGAGAAUUCCUUUAUAGGAAACACAUCUAGAGUCCAUCCUUUAAUAAAGAAAAAAUUGAAAGAUAACAAGGAGGCUCUUGAUACUUUAUGUUUUGGUCAUUUAUUAUUUGAAAUGUGUUGUGGUUAUGAAUUAGAUUCUGCUCAUCCAGAACCUCAACAUUUAAUUGGACAUCAAUCUCCUCAAAUUGUGUCAAUAUUAAACUUUAUAUUUGGUAUUGAUACUGGUAGAUAUCCUACAAUUAAACAGGUAAAUAUGACUUCAUUUCUUUCUACGGAUGUGUUUUGA